GCCCUACUCCAUACUAUCUGUCCUGCCUUUUAUCUCCUAAUAACCAAGCUCCGUCACUCUUAUGCUUGACAGCAAGACAUAUAAUUACUUUGCCUGAGCAAAUACUAAGCAGCACUUGGGUUUGGUUUGACAUACCGGACGUUCCGAAGACAUAAUGUCCGCCAUGGCAAUGGACGUAGACGGCUCGGACAUACCCAAAGCGCCUCAAGCUUGUGUGGCCUGCCGAAAGGCGAAGCGAAAAUGUUCGAAAGACUUGCCUAGCUGCGCUCUCUGCAGCCGCAUGUCUCGAGCAUGCGACUAUUCCGAGACCACCCAGAGCCCCAACGCCGACGACUUCGCCGUCAUGAGACAGAAAAUUGCUGAUCUGGAGGCGCGGCUUGAAGGUCGACGGUCUGACCUUGGGUGGCACGAGCCAAUCAAGUCCAUCAGCAGGAGGCCGUCGUCGAGCCUCGAAUCGGGCUUCACGAAUGAUACUGCUUCGACAUUCCCCACAGCUUUCUUUCUCGAUGCCCAGUUAUUCACAGAAAGCCGAAUGACCGUCGUCAAACCAUCGCUCCCUGUUCCUCCAGAGGUUUUGGCUACAUUGGGUACCUCAAUCCUCGACAUCCAGGACGUUGUGGAUCGAUUCUUUGCCAAUAUCCACACCUGGCUACCAUUUAUCUCCAAAAAGCGCAUGCAGUUGACCUUGUCAAAUCCUGCGAUGGAGCUCUCCUUCGAUUUUGCUCUGCUCUUACUCUCCAUGAAGCUCAUUACCCAGGUUCCCAGCAAAGGACUGCAGUGCGUUCGAUCACCGCUCUACUUUCUCGCCAAGCGUAUGUGUUUCCUAGCAGAAUCCAAUGCAUUGAUGUCAUUGCAGACUUUGCAGGCCAACGUUCUGGUUGCGGCUUAUGAGAUCGGCCAUGCAAUCUAUCCAGCGGCAUACCUCAGCGCCGGUCACUGUGCCAGAUUCGGUCACGUCCUAGGCAUCAAUGACCGUCGGCAUGCUCCGCAGGUGCUGAAAAGGGUCGGCGCCUGGGCAGAGGUGGAAGAACAGAAGCGUACUUGGUGGGCUAUCAUGCUUUUGGAUAGGUACGUCAAUCUCGGCACCUAUGGUCACCCCCUGGCGACAGAUGACCCUGCCAGAGGCGACACUCUCCCAGUAGAUGACACUCUGUGGGAUGAAGGCGAAAUGACUACCAGCGAACCGAUAUACGUCUCGUCGUCUACUAAAGUCAAGGCGGGACCCUUUGCAAGGACAGCCCAGGCAUGCCACUUGCUCGGUAGACUCAAUCGUCUGCUGAAUGACAACAUGAGUGACUCUCCAAUGCGCUUCACUGAAGCGAUACAACUACACCGCACGUUCCAAGCCUUGACUAACCUAUUGCCUGCCGAUUUACAACGAUCCCCGAUGCAGUAUGGAACGUCUCUGGCAUUGUGUUAUGGUGGUCUACUCCACCUCUAUGACCCUUUUGCCUGUAGCGAGACUAAUCACGGCACGAAUUCAGUAGAGGAGACUGAGAUGAUGACAAUUUCUAUAGCUGGAAUGAAACAAGCCGCCAUUGAUAUACUACAGUUCAGCCAGCUGUUACAUGUGGAAAUGACGAACAAUCCGGCUGCCAUAAGCCCACUCAUUGGCGACUGUAUAUAUAUGGCGGCUGCCACAUAUGGCUGGCUUGUUCACGAGACGGGAUCCAGAGAGUCAGCCGAUGCAUAUCACGCGCUAAGGAGAGUCCUCGAGACCAUGAACAACCGCUGGGCUCUCGGCGGCCAAUAUCUGGCCGUUCUCCAGCGGUCUAAGGAAACUCUGUAUCCGGACACACCCCUACUGUAGGAGCAACGAAUGUCGGGCGAGAGUAGACUCCGGUGAUGGCACAAAACGCCGAGUGACCAACAGGAUGGGCUUGCAGACUUCGUUCUCAUGCAACAGGCAACUCAAGGUCACCUCUACCGCCGUAUCGCCGGCAGUAACAACGGAGACGGUCACUUGCGACUAGUGCACUGCUCCGCCGGACUUGGGGGACACCAUGGAUCGUUCAGCAUGAAGAACUCUGGUUACGAUCCGACCUUUGCUCUCCAGCAAAUAUUGCG